AAUUUGUUUUCUUACAACAUAUUUUGUUUUCUUUCUUUUGUUUUCUCCUUCGGUCGGUCGUAUCUUCAAACGAUGACAUUUGUCUAUUUGUGUCUUUUUUUUUCUUUCGUUUUCCUACAGAAAAGUUUGUUUUUCUUUCGUUUUCCUACAGAAAAGUUUGUUUUUCUUUCGUUUUCCUACAGAAAAGUUUGUUUUUCUUUCGUUUUCCUACAGAAAAGUUUGUUUUCUUUCGUUUUCCUACAGAAAAGUUUGUUUUUCUUUCGUUUUCCUACAGAAAAGUUUGUUUUUCUUUCGUUUUUCUACAGAAAAGUUUGUUUUUCUUUCGUUUUCCUACAGAAAAGUUUGUUUUUCUUUCGUUUUCCUACAGAAAAGUUUGUUUUUCUUUCGUUUUCCUACAGAAAAGUUUGUUUUUCUUUCGUUUUCCUACAGAAAAGUUUGUUUUUCUUUCGUUUCUACAUUCCUCCCCAACAUUGACUUUUUUCAUUCUUUCCUCAUUUCGUCCAUUAUGUUUCUUUUGUUUUCUCUACAAGUAUCUUUGUUUGUUUGUUUCUUUCUUUCUUUUUUGUUUUUCCCACUUUUUUCUCUGUUUUUUGACUCUUUCUUUUUCUUUCUCUUUUCCUUCUUUCUUUCUUUUUGUUUUUUUUGUUUGUUUUUCUUUCUUUCAUUCUAUGUUUUUCAUUCUUUCUUUUUUAUUUCUUUUUUCAUUCUUUUUUCUUUUUUAUUUCUUUUUUUUCCUUUUGUUUUUUCCUGCUUUCAUAAUAUUUUCUAAUAUUUUCCGCGCUUGGUUUGUUUUGUUUGUUUGUCUUUUUUCCUUCUUUCUUUCUUUCUUUCUUUCGUUCUCGGUUUUUUUCAUUCUUCUUUCUUUCUUUUUUCUUUCUUUCUUAAUAUUUUCUACUACUUUCACUCGCUUGGUUUGUUUGGUUUCUUUGUUUUUUUCCCUUUCUUUCUUUCUUUCUUUCUUUCUUUCUUUCUUUCUUUCUUUCUUUCUUUCUUUAUUUCUUUCUCUUUCUUUCUUCUUUCUUUUUUUCUUUCUUUCUUUCUUUCUUUAUUUCUCUGUUCUUUCUUUCUUUCUUUCUUUCUUUCGUUCUCGGUUUUUUCAUUCUUCUUUCUUUCUUUUUUCUUUCUUUCUUAAUAUUUUCUACUACUUUCACUCGCUUGGUUUGUUUGUUUUUUUUUGUUUUUUUCCCUUUCUUUCUUUCUUUCUUUCUUUCUUUCUUUCUUUCUUUCUUUCUCUUUCUUUCUUCUUUCUUUUUUUCUUUCUUUCUUUCUUUCUUUCUUUCUUUCUUUCUUUCUUUCUUUCUCUGUUCUUUCUUUCUUUCUUUCUUUCUUUCUUUCUUUCUUUCUUUCUUUCUUUCAAAAGUUUCUUUUUCUUUCGUUUCCACAUUCCUCCCCAACAUUACCUUCAUUCAUUCCAUUAUGUUUCUUUCGUUUUUUCUGCAAAUGUCUUUCUUUCUUUUUUUAUUUCUUUUUUGUUUUCCUUUCGUUUGUGUUUUUCUUUUUGUCUUUCCUCUGUCGUUCAUUUUCUCUUUCUUUUUAUCUUUUUUUGUUUUUUUCUUUCCUUAUGUCUUUCAUUCUUUUUUUCUCUGUUUUUCAUUUUCCUUUCUUUCUUUCUUUCUUUCUUUCUUUCUUUCUUUCUUUCUUUCUUUCUUUCUUUCGUUUGUUCGUUCGUUCGUUCGUUCGUCCAAUCGCCCAUGACAUUUGUUUGUUUGUUUCUUUUUUCUUUCUUUUCGUUUUCCCACAGAAAAGUUUGUUUUAUUUUCGUUUCUACAUUCCUCCCCAACAUUGACUUCUUUCAUUCAUUCCUCAUUUUGCCCAUCAUGGUUCUUUCUUUUUUUCUUCUGCAAGUUUCUUUCUUUCUUUCUUUCUUUCUUUCUUUCUUUAUUUAUUUAUUUAUUUAUUUUUUAUUUUUCUUUCUUUCAUUCUUCCUUUCUUUAUUUUCUUCUUUGUCUUUUCUUUAUUUCUUUAUUCCUUUAUUUUUUCUUUCUUUUUUCUUUCUUUCUUUGUUUUUUUUGUUUUUCUUUGUUUAUUUUUUUCUUCCUUUCUUUCUCUGCUUUUUCUUUCUUCCUUUUUUCUUUUUUCUCUGUUUUGUUUCUUUGUUGUUUUCUUUCUUUCUCUGUUUUUUAAUACUUUCUUUCUUUCUUUUUUCUUUGUUAUUUCUUUCUUCUUUCUUUUUUCUUUCUUUCAUAAUAUUUUCUACUACUUUCGCUCACUCGGUUUGUUUUGUUUCUUUGUUCCUUCUUUCUUUCUUUCUUUCUUUCUUUAAACCCUUGCAUUUUGCUUUCAUCUUUCUUUCUUUCUUUCUUUCUUUCUUUCUUUCUUUCUUUCAACCCUUGCAUUUUGCUUUCAUCUUUCUUUCUUUCUUUCUUUCUUUCUUUCUUUCUUUCAACCCUUGCAUUUUGCUUUCAUCUUUCUUUCUUUCUUUCUUUCUUUCUUUCAACCCUUGCAUUUUUCUUUCAUCUUUCUUUCUUUCUUUCUUUCUUUCUUUCUUUCUUUCUUUCUUUCUUUCUUUCAACCCUUGCAUUUUGCUUUCAUCUUUCUUUCUUUCUUUCUUUCUUUCUUUCUUUCUUUCUUUCUUUCUUUCGUCCAUAAUAUUUUUUACAUCGUGUUUUCUUUCUUUCUUUCGUUCUUUCUUGAUUUUUUUUCGUAUCCGUCUUUUUUCUUCGUUUGUUUUUCUUUCUUCAUUUAUUUCCUGCCUCUCUUUCAUUCAUUUCUUAUUCCAGGAAACUUUCUUUCUUUUUGGUACAAGAGUCGUUCGUUACUUCUGUCAGUAUUUGAAUUAA